AAACCCAUCCAAAGACAGAGAGAGAAAGAGCACAACAACACAUUGGAGAAAAAAAGAAAAGCUGGUAACUAGCAUAAAGCCAUUAAUUCCAUCUUUUUGAGUCGUAUUUUUCUCAAACUCUCAACAGUCUUCUCUGAUUCCCACCACUUUCUCUCUCCUCCAUCCUCACAUUAUACCUUUCUAUCUUCCAUAGUUGAUAUUCCUUCCUCAUAUCUCUCUUUUGCGCUUGUAGUUACAACCAACUCGCUCGCCUUUCACAGGGUGCAGCGUUAUUUUAAGAAACUUUGAUCUUUGGCGUGACUAAACUCCUUGUCAAGCAUAUACAGACAUGGAGGACUGGGAGGAUGAUUCAGUACCACAACUUCUUAAAAAGGACCAGCCGAGAAGUAGCUGGGAUGAUGAAGAUGCUGAUGAUGAUGAUGUGAAGGAAUCCUGGGAAGAUGAAGAUGAACCCGAACCGGCACCUGCACCUUCACCAGCGAAAGCACCUGAGAAGCCCAGCAAGAAAGCUGGAUCAAAGGAACCUGCGAAGAAAGGAAAAGAAGUAGAACCAGCUAAUGAAACACCAUUGGAUCCUGUAGCAGAGAAACUGCGUCAGCAAAGGCUAGUGGAGGAAGCUGAUUACAAGUCCACAACGGAGCUGUUUGCUAAAAAGGGUGAUGACAAGACUCUGGACAAUUUCAUACCUAAAUCUGAAAGUGACUUUGCAGAAUAUGCUGAACUGGUUUCUCAUAAGCUUCGCGCAUACGAGAAAAGUUUUCAUUAUAUUGGGUUACUGAAGGCAGUGAUGAGGCUGUCAACGACUUCUUUAAAAGCCGCGGAUGCAAAGGAAGUUGCCUCCUCGGUUACAGCAAUUGCUAAUGAAAAACUUAAGGCAGAAAAAGAGGCCAAUGCUGGCAAAAAGAAAACAGGCGUAAAGAAGAAGCAGCUUCAUAUUGGUAAGCCUGAUGAUGAUUUGGCUGUUGCCGGCUAUGAUGAUGCUGAUGACUAUGAUUUUAUGUGAGCUCAAAGAGAUCCAUAAUUUCCAACACUGGAAAUUUGGUGGUUUAAUAUGAUGAAAAAUCAAGUGUUCAUUUCCUCUAUGUGCAAUCUAUUGAAUAUAUGGUUUGUGUCCAAGAGGAAGAGUUGUUCUUUAGGAUAGAAUCACAUUGCUCAGUUGAACUUAUUUGGUGCCAAUUUCACCAGAGUCGGAAGUGAUUUUUUUUGGUAUGCUUGCAUUAUUUAUCACAGAGCCCUAAUUUUGAGAUUUAUGGACAGUAGAAACCAGUAUAUCACUGGAUCUGAAAAGUGACUGCUACUUGUUUUUUACAUUCUGGGUUUUAGGUUGAUGAUACUGCAUUCCAGAAUGAUUUCGUCCGAUCUUAAGUUAUCCAUAAUUUCCUACACAUUUUUCUUUGCUCUA